AUGGACGGAGAAUCCCCGUCAGAAGCCUCGCGCGAUAUCGCCAAACGCGUCUCUCGAGCCUGCUUGCAUUGCAGACAGCGCAAGUCUCGAUGCGACCUAGACUCCAACGGUAAACCUGGCAAACCACCAUGCACGCGCUGCGUGCGCGAAAAGCGUGAAUGCAUACUAGGCGGCUCAAAUCGUGGAGGUCGUCGAAUCCGAAAGAACAAAAUCAAAAACUUUACACCAGCCAACGAUUCGCCAGGCAAGGAUUCGGAAGGAUCAAGCCCAACCAAUUCUGAAAACCGCAGAGUGCAAUCGGCAUCCUAUCCCGGCCCGGUAGUCUUCUUGCCGCCUAACCCACCAGCACCAGCACCAGCAUCCGUCGAGGAAGACGAUACCUCUAUAUCAUCUGUCCCGCGCAAUCCAUCAGACGCCUGGCAAUGCUUGACCGGCAUUGCCACGGAAGGCACGGGGACGACCCCGGAGGUGCGCAACGACCAUGUUCGGUCGGAGCCAACAACGUUCCCAGUCUACAACAGCCUGCGCAACGGCGUCGUCUCAGACUUUAGCAACCCAACCACCGGCAUCAGGGCCUACAGACUCGUUCAGUCAUGCGCCCUAGACCCGGAAACGGUGUGGCAACUGAUCUCCCGCUACGCGGAGAACUUCCAUCCGUAUCUUCCUCUCGUGCCGCGGAAGUAUUUCACGCGCACCGCCCUGGACGCCUUCGCCGCUAAUGAGAAGCACUUGCUCACCGCAGUCCUGACCAUCGCCUCCAAGGACUUGGUCGACCAGCCCGAGAUCCACGAGUACUGCUCGAAGUACAUGCACGAGCUGAUUUCCGGCAUCGCCGCGGGCGCGGAGUGUGAUGUUGAAGCGGUCGAAGCGCUUCUGUUACUUGCCGAGUGGGAACCGCAGGGAUUGCGGCCUCGCAUUGAGCGUGUUGGGCGCGGAGAGGAAGACCGCGCUGCGUGGAUGCAUGUCGGGCUUGCGUUGCGCUCCGGGUAUUUCAUCGGCAUGGAUCGCACUUCUUUCCGUGGGGAUCCUUAUGGUGAUCAGGAGAGUGAAGCUCGUCGGCGGCUGGCCUGGGCGAGCUGCUAUGUCUCUGAUCGAUUAAUUUCUGUGCGUAUUGGACGUGCUUUCUGGUCUCGUGGGCCGGGGCCCAUGACCGGUCUUGUUAGUCAGGAUUUCCCAUCGCUGCAGCCGGUUAAUGAGGGCGAUGAGGACUAUGCGAAGAUCUUUCAGGCUAUGCUGGAUCUUACGCAGCUUUAUGGGAAUGUUCAUGAGGUUUUGUAUUCGGGGAUGCGUACUAGUAACCAGAUGAUGCUGAUGGGAGACUAUGUUAAAUAUGUGGAUGACUUCCGUCUGGCAAUUCUGCGGUGGAAGUCACUUUGGGGGUCACUGGACUGCUCACCACCCAUGCGAGCAACACUGCAGUUGUCGUACGAGUACUUGCGUCUGUAUACAACUGCUUUCGCGUUCCAAGCUGCGAUCUCGCAGUCGCUGGUCAAACCGAAAACCGACCUACAAGGCCAGCGAGAAAAUCUACGAUCGACGUUCAGGAAUGUCGCUUCGAUGCAGGAUUCGCGAUUCAUUUAUGAAUCUGUUGAUGCGGCCAAGUCAUACCUGACAAUCCUUGUGGAUCUGGUAGAUCCUGAGAAACAUCUCCACUUUAUGCCUCUCCGCUUCUACUUAUAUGGCAUCUACUCUGCCGUUUUCCUCUAUAAGGCUCGUUCCUUCGGAAUGAUGGUCCCAUCAGAGGAAGCAAAAGUCCAAGGUCUAGUCAUUCGAACCACCGAAGUCCUCAAACAAGCAAGCGCCGGCACUGACGACGUCGGGUCGCGGUAUGCUCGCCUUCUAGAGCUUCUAUGGAAGCCCAAAUCCACAUCAAACCCAUCCGAAGAGACACAGCAAAAUAGUGACUUCCAACUGCAAACAGCCCUUCCGAACCCCGUCGCAGACCCGGGAUACAUGCAAUUCAGUCCCGCAAAUGACUUCUCAUGGCUGGAUUUGGAGGCAGUGGGAGAUUAUGUAUCCGGAGACCAGAUUUCUGGUGGCUUGUUGGGGCUGGAUGCGUUCCAGAAUGCAUCUGAUAUGUACCAAUCUGGAGAGCCACGCUCGCAGUCCUGGCAGCCGUCUGCUUGGAUGGGGGAUAUGAGUAGCAGUCUUUUCUUUUAA